AUGAGUACUAUAGUAACUGUGGGGUGGUGAGACACCUACCUGCCCUGUUACCUCACAUCUCUACAGAAGACCUGUCCUUCAAUGUGGCUGACACAGUACUGGGGCUAUAGCAUCCCACACACCAUCGGUAUUACGGUGUGUGCGUGUACAGGUCUGGCUGUGCUCUUCUGUGUCCACUGCUGGUUGAGGAAGCUCUCCUCUGGUACCGGACAGAGGAGAGAGGAGGGGACUGGGGACUCAGGUCUGUGGAGCUGCAAUGGCCAGGCUGACUCACUGGCGCCCCUAAUGUCCUGGAGGACAAGUGACGGCUGCUCCUGUUCCAGGUCCUCCCUCUUCUCUCACCCCUCAUUUCUAGUUUCUCCUGGCAUCUUCCACCGUCUUUCCUCCUCCGUGGACCCCCUCCCUUCAUCAAAUCCCUCCCUCGACACACUCAUCCAUCCCAUCACGCCAUCCCCCCAAACACAGCCCCCAGUGAGAGAUGGACAGGGGGAUGAGAAGAAGGAGAAGGAGGAAGAGGAGUGGUUUCUGGAGAGGUACGUGGGGCCUGAGAUGAUCCAUGUUCUCCUUAAGGCCCAACGGUCCACCUCCUCUAGGGUAAAGAAGGGUCUCUCAGACCCCACCUUACCCAGGCUCGGGGGCACCACCCUAGGCCUCGACGCUGCCAUCGCCCCCCUAACCCUCCGGGCCCUACAGAGCCAACUGUUCCUCUCCUGUAAGGGAGAGCUGGAUGGGACCACCACCAAAGAGGCUGAGGGGACUCAGGACGGAGCAGAGAGUCUGAACAAGCCAGAGAGGCUGGACAAGCCCAGGACGGAGCAUCGUGACUGGGGUUUAGAUGAGGAUGGUGAGGGUGAUGAGGACCAGGGUGAAAACCAGGGUGAGAACCAGGAGGGGGGUCUGGCUCUGAGGGUGACCCAGAGCGUGAGUCGGGCCCUGGGGUGGAUCAGGGAGGCGGAGGGGUACCUCAUCCACCCAGACUAUGAUGCUCUGGAGGCUGUAGUUGGAUCCUACGCCUGAUGGAGUAAUGACUAGCAAGACUGCCAGGAUCUCAGUAUUGCCAAGGAUGAUUGGUCAAAAGACUGCCACUCGAAUUCAACGGCAUGUCUAAUUGGUCUGAUUUCUGC